AUGGAUGCGGGGCUGCUGCGUGUCAUCCUGGGCACUGUCCUAGUGCGGGUGGAGACGGCCACGCAGGACCUCAAUCUACACAAGCCCCCAGCCGACGCCACAGCAGCCACCCCGGGGGCCCCGGGGCCCACCCAGGUUGCUGAGGGCACGAGCCUCUCCUGGAGACGGGAUAUUGUAGGAUUUUGGCGAGAAGCUGGUGUGGCCUCCAGCCAAAACCUGGCGCUAGAGACCCCAAAGAGGCUGGAGGCCUUGUUCCUGACCUUGAGUGGAGAUGAGCUGACGGGGAAGGCUGCGGACGACAGCUCAGGAAGUUGUGAGACAGAAAACAUAGUGGGCUCAGAAACCGAUGUUUCGGGGAGAUUUGUUUUUCCUGGCCACAGGGAGAUCCACGUGAUAGACACGGACUACGAGCAGGACGCCAUUCUGAGGGUGUCCCUGCACUGGCAGGGCCAGGAUUUCCACAUGCUCAAAUACUUUACUCGGAGCCUCGAGGACGAGUACGGACCAGGCUUCUAGAGGUUCCGGGAGUUGACAGCUGAUGUAGAGCUGUACCUGGUGGCCCGGCACGGGAGGUGUGCCAAGCUCCUGAAGGAGGUGAGCCUCGCCCCCCGCUGUGCCGAGCCCCCAGGCUGAGUCUCCCGGCCUGACAGGGGCCCUGGGUCACUCUGGAUCCACUCUGCCAGAUGGGGACCCUGAAGGCUGGGGGACUGAGGACAGGGCUGGGAGAGGGAAGGGGAGAGGCGGAGCCCGUACGUCCCACCCAGGUGGGGACACGGACCCCGUGUCUCAGGUUCCCACUGUG